AUGCCACCCUACAAGUACGAGCAUCUCGGAACUGGCGACCGGUCGCCUCUCUCUUGUGCCCCUCCAGAAUCCGUAUCGACGACGGAAGAAGGCAUAACCUCGCGAAGGGGCUCCCAUCUUCCGUGGACGACUUCACCUGACCGCGCGUGGACGACGGCCUGGGUUUGGCUUUUCAGGAUCGUGCUUCUCGUCUGGAUGGUAAUCGUUGCCGCAGCGUCCUUGAUCGUCCUUGCGGAUCUAAGCCAGAGCUUGCGCAGAGUCGCCGUCGGCAGUGACCACUCCGGGAACGUCCCGGAUUUUCCGAGCGCGGUGAAGUACUUUGACUACAUCCCAGACUUUACUGUCGACGCUGCCGAAGCAUCGGACGCCGAGGUCGACAGCCUUCAAGAGCGGUGGAGUGAACUGAUUCCCAAGGGCAGAGGCUGGACGCAUGUAACGCACGGCCUAGACCAGCUGAGCCCUCCCUCAAGCGACGGCGAAGGCCAAGAGGUCCACGCGAUCGCCGUCUUUCACCAGAUUCAUUGCCUCUACACGAUCAUGGCCGACUACAACAACGCGGUCCGCAACAAGACCACCAUGCCGGCGCACGUUCGACACUGCUUCGAGUACCUACGCCUGACGCUCAUGUGCCACGCCGACACGACGCUCGAGGGCAGGCCCGAUGUCAUCCCUGACACCAUGUUCCAGCCGGCCGUCGCGGGGUCGCGCCACGCCUGCAGGGACUACGAUGCCGUCAAGGCCUGGGCGGCAGACCACCGAGCCAACGAGCAGACGGGCAUUUUGAAUGUUCACCACCAUGGGUGA